GAAGAGUGUUUUUCUCAUCCUCUGACGUGCAUACAUUGCAGAUUAGCAGCAGAUUUAGAAGUGGAAAACCCUUUUAUAACAGCUUCUAGAAGUUACUACUCAGUUUGCAGUUGUUUAGCGUGUACUUGUUUCAUUAUCCCUUUUGAAAAUAUGACGAGCUACGUUCCCGUGAGACUGGCAUAUAAAACAGUUGAACCUGUUACCGGCGCCGGAGAUAAAUCGCCGAUUAUUUUCUUACAUGCGUGUACACUUUCCAGCGAUGCUUGGGGUGAUAUCCCCCAAAAACUUGCCAACGAAACGAAAAGAAAGGUGUACCUGUUAGAUGCAAGAAAUCAUGGCGACAGCGAACGGUCAGAUGUGUUCAACUUCGAUAUCAAUUCCAAUGAUUUGGUGCACUUCAUGGACACAAUGAACAUUCCCAAAGCUGUUUUGUUGGGACAUAGCAUGGGUGGAAUAACUGCCAUCAAGACAGCUCUUAAAAACAAAGAAAGAGUUGAGAUGAUCAUUGUAGAAGAUAUGACAGUAAGAAAAGUGUCCAAACCUAUAAUGGAUGUCGUAAUUAAGUACAUAUCUCUGGGACAACAAGCUAUUGAGCAAAUGCCAACAGAUGUAGAUGAAAACGGUGCUAAGAAAUUCAUUCUUGAGUUCCUUUACAAGCACUUAGCCGCAGAAAUGAAAGAUUUGUUAAAAAGACGUGGCAAUGUUGACCCUCAAAUUAUUGCUCUCAAACGCAAUCCAAAUGGCCGCUAUGAUUUUAAAGCCAACAUUAAAGUAAUAUUGAAUGCAGUGAAGAAUGAAGAGACUUUAAUGUCUGAACCUACUGGCGUUUAUGAUGGUCCGGCUCUCUUCAUUUACGGAAAAUUUUCUCCUUUCUUGGUAGGAGCCGAUGAACCAUACACAAAGAACUUUUUCCCAAACGCUGAAUUCGAGCCAAUCGAAGAAGCAGCCCAUGGUGUGCACAUAGAUUGUCCUCAGGAAUUCACAGCUGCAGUUUUGAAAUUCUUUUCCCGAGCCUGAUGUUGAAUAAGAAUCGAAAGCUGAAUUUUUGCUAUACAUUGGAAGCAUUACCUCAUAUUUCAGAGCUUAAAAGUGCCUUGUAGAAAAUUGUAUAACUGAUUCUUAAUGUAAUAAAUAUGAUUUAAUAUAA